GUGUGUGUCUCGUCUCCAGGUGAUGGCGUUCAAAGAGGGCGAGCAGCAGGAGAAGGAGGUGCUGCUGAGGCUACAGAAAGGGAACAUGUGUAAAUCUGGACUAAACUCGGCGGGGGGGAGCAACAGCAGCAGCGGCUCGGAGGAGAAGGAGAACGGGAGGUGGGACAUGGACAACGCCAUGGAGACGGACACAUCCAGCCACUCGGAGAACUCUUUAUCAGAGAACGGGAACCACACACACACUCCUCAGGCGGUGUGUGUGUGCUCCGCUCAGCCUCGGGCUCCUCAGCUGCGAUGCCACCUCUGUAAGGACUGGUUCCACGGGGGCUGCGUCUCCUUCCCCUCCCUGUUCCCCUCCUCCGGGCCCCAGGAGAGCGCCCUCUGCUGGUGGGACUGGGACUCGCGCUUCUUGUGUCCGCGGUGCCAGAGGUCGCGGCGGCCCCGUCUGGAGACCAUCCUGGCGCUGCUGGUGGCGCUACAGAGGCUGCCGGUGCGCCUGCCGGAGGGAGAGGCCCUGCAGUGCCUCACCGAGAGGACCAUCACCUGGCAGGGCCGCGCUAAAGAGGCCCUGGAGACCCCUGAGCUGCAGGGGGCCCUUCAGAGGCUGCAGGAACUCAAAGAGACUCUGCGUCAGGAGGCAGAGAGGGACAACAGAGAGCAGGAGAAGGUGAGGAGCUCUGUGAUCGUUUUAUCAGACUCUGAGGGAGGCGAGGGAGAGGAGGGAGUCAUCGAUCUGACCGACGAGAACUCACCCAAGAAGAAAAGCAAGGACAGCAACGGUGUUCCGGCUGGAUGUGAAAAUGGCAUCAACAACAAAUCAAAUGUUACAGGUGUGGGCUCUCUGCUGGCCCUGCUGCCCCUGCUGAAGGGGGGGGUGGUGGAGCUGCUCCCUUCCUCCAGAGAGCAGCUGGAGGAUCUGCAGCUGGAGGGAGACCUGCUGGAGGUUUCUCUGGAUCAGAGCCUCACCAUCCACAGGGUCCUGCAGGCCGCCUCCAGCCCCCCCACAGACACACUGCGCACGCUCAUACAGAUUGAGCUGGAGGAGCAGAGGCGAUCGAGCCGAGGCCGAGCGAAGGACUCGAAGAGGAAGAGGAAGAGUCACAGAGGAGGAAGUGGAGAAGGAGCCGGGGGGCGGUCACUGGAUUCUUCAGAGUCAAAGAAAACCUGCCCCCUCAAACACAGCCCCCCCACUCAGUUACCUGUCCACACCAAACCAGAGAUUUUGUGAUAAAGUCACGGCUGGAGCUCUGUUUAAAGGAUCGUCGGAGGAAUUGUCAGAAAGAUGCCGGACAUCCCCCCCCCCCCCCCCUCUCAACCCCCCCCCCCCCCCCCCCCCCCCCCCACACCCUACACCCCGUCUCAUCCCUCACCCAGACACUAACAGAGCCACGACUUAUUCUACACUCCACCGCCAUAUCUCCCCCCAAAACGUUACUCCCUGGACCCAUGUAAGACUGAGGGGGGGGUCUCAGAGGUCGGUCAGUAUGCUUCGUUAUCCCAGCCGUAUUAAAAGUUAGUUCAUCAUGACGUCGGAUGAGCUAUUUAGCCCGCGUUGUGAGUUUGGACCCCGCAGCCAAGGAGUUUUCCUGCUGAUCCUUAAAGUCAACAGCACCGUGGUUACACUUGUAUUUUUUUAGCUGUAUUGAAUCUUGUGUUUGAUGCUGUUUUUGAGGGGACAUGCUUUUUUUUUUGAAUAAACUGAGAACAUUUUGGGAAGUGUUAAAAACAGGCAUUAGUGUUUUUGGUGCUACUUUCCCAGAAUUAAUAUCUGUACCUCUUGGCUGUCUCCUCCUUUCCUUUCCCCCCCCUUUUUUUUUUUAAGCGCCCAUCCUUUUGACUCCAUAUUUUAUUCCUUAUCAAUUCCCCCCCCCCUCGUUCUUUAUCUCUCUUUGAACAUUAAGGUAACUUCACUGUAACUCACUUUGUCACAAUUAAUUUUGUUUCCUGGUUUCAAAUAUUAUUAUUAUUAUUAUUAUUGAUAUUUCAGACACGCAGUCAUCGUGAGUUUGUGUAUAAACUUUUCAUUUAAAUGUUGCCUUUGUUUCUUUUCACUCUUGUUAGAAAAAUAAAGGUUUAGAAUUGUUUAGGA